UUCAGGUCUGUUUCUCUCUGUCUGAUGAUCAUGAUGUUCACGAUAAACCAAGCAGCACUGCUCUUCGUUCAGCUGUUAGUGGUGUGGCAUGUCUUUGCAGAGAUCGCUAAAGAUGACCACAGAGCUGUGGUGGUGUCCAGAGGAGACUCAGUGACACUGACUUGCAACAUAUCCAAGACAAAUGCAACACUGAUCACCUGGACCAACAACAGAUCUGUUUUUAAAUAUUCCAUUGCACUGAAUCGCACCUAUUCAAAUUUCUCAUUGCAUAGACUGAAAAUAAAUCAUGAGCUAAUUAUUUUUAGUGCUCAGCCUGAAGAUGAAGGACUUUAUACAUGUAACAUAACAGACAGACGUGGUGUAAACAGCAUUACAUGGAAUUUAACUGUGUCUGAGAACCCAGAAGAAUCCACUUCAUCAAAGUAUUUUCUACACAUACUCCCACCUGCAAUUGGAUUGCUUCUGUGUUGCAUCACACUGGCUGUCUUCCUCUACAGAAAAAUCAUGAUGAUGAAACUAAAUCAGGAUGCAGUCCGGGAUCAGAUUCCUCCUCAGUCAGGAGAAGAGACAUCUCUCCCUCAGCCACAGGGUGGCAGCACUGAUUGUAAAAACAACAGGCAGAGGAGUCAGUAUAUGGAGAGACUGAAUUCAAUCUAUGAUCACUUCUCAACUGAAAAACCUUCCAGUUCCUGACAGACAUGAACAGUGUCAGAGCAGAAACUGCAAGGGAACGCCAUCUGAGGGAGGACACCCGGGCUAUAAUACCCUCAGCUUCAGCUCAGACAAAUGACCUGAACCCCCCCCCCCUGCACUGUCCCCACUGCUGUUCCGCAUAAACCUGAACCCCCUUAGCCAGAUCAUUAACAAGACCGGCUAGGGAUACCAACUACACAAUCAAGCAAUCAUCAGCCACCACCUCUACAUGGAUGACAUCAAGCUGUAUGCCAAGAGUGAACGAGACAUAGACUCACUGAUCCAUACCACUAGGAUAUACAGCAAUGACACUGUGAUGUCAUGCGGACUGAAGAAGUGUAGUGAGGUGGUAACAAAGAGAGGGAAAGCAGUCAGAACUGAGCGAACUGCACUAGUAGAAGGCAACAAUGCAGACAUCAAGCACAGCUACAAGUCCAUCCAUACCAUGCAUGGAGGGUUUCACCAUAUCCUGAGAUUGUACACUAAGCAGAAUGAAGGAGACUAGUGAGUGUCAGUGUCAUUAUUGCUUUACUCUGCAGAAAAAUUAUGAUAAGGACACUGAAUCAGGAUCAGUUUCUCCCUCAGUCAAGACAAGAGGUCAGAAGAUCGUCAUCAUCUUUGAUACUCUCAAAUUUGUUUACUUUAUUCUCUAUCUCAGAGUCAGCGCCAAAUUUUAUUUUAGCCUUUUGUCUUUAUAGGUAUAUUUAUUUAUACAUGAUUUCAAGCUCUCUGAACCAUUUUCCAACAAAAAACACUCAGGUAAUUCAGACCUUCACCAAGGCAGGUCACUCUCUGUGCAGUAUUUUAGGGAAUAGUGUUGUAUUUUGUAUUCAUUAAUUUGGUUUUCUUUGUUGCUUUUAAGCAUUUUUAAAGAAGUUUCACUGCAGAAAUAAUUAAGUGUAAAGUGCAGACUUUUGCUCUUCGCCCAACAGAAAUACUUUUUAAUAUGCGUGCCAUAAUUUUGAGUAUAAUAAUAAUAAUUUUUUAUUGUUCAUUAAUGUGGAUGUAGUGCAUUUUUGUUUAGUAAAAUUUCUUUAAAUAUUUAGUAAUAAUUAGCAAAUGAACAAAAGUUUUCUAUGUUAAUGUCCAUUUUUGGAGUUUAGCUAUUCUGUUUUUACAUUUUGUAUUUUUGUAUUGGUUUUUUGUUUUUUUUUCUUUACGUCAGAGAGUGGUACAGACGAGUACAGAGCUGUGUUGUUGUCAAGAAGACACUUGGUGAUGUUGACUUGCAGCAUAUCCAAUAAAAAAA